UUUUCCGCUGUCGAGAGCUGGAAGUCGUUGCCAUUUGCCGCCAGUUGCCGCCUGCCGUUGACCGAAAAAAGUGUGUCAAGUUUUCGACAAAGAUCAAGUACAUCGCAGAUAGUACGUCAAAUGUGUUUUGCUGUCGUUGCCCCUGAUUUUGGGGCCCGGUGCCGGGAGUUGCUGCAUCCGCUGCUGUUGGCUGGCUGGCUGGCUGGCUGGAUGGCUAGGCAUUUCCAGUUGCCAUGACCAAAAUGUUCUCAAAAUCCAUUGCAAUGUGGCUUAGAUUUCGGUGCAAUUUCGUAGUGAAAGUGCAGCGGCAGCGGCAGAAACUCGUUAGAAAGAAAUGUGUUGGUAAUUGGUGAGCCAAGAAAGCUGCCGUGGAUCUAGAUUGUGGCUCACAGAUUGGCCAAAAUGGAUGCUGGUGGCCUGUGGGCUGUGCUCUGUGGGCUGGCGAAUAAAUCGCAUUCUGAUCUUGUGGGUGCCCCUGCGACCCACUUGCCACUAAUCCACUACUCCAGAGUGACCCACUCAUCCGGGUUUGGGUUUGGGUCUGGGUCAGAGAAAGGGAGAAGAUGCCUGGUAGAUGGCGUUCACUUUUCCCACCGACAGAUGCCAACUGUCAUUGGCCAUCAUCCAUCGACAGUCGACAUGGGGGUCAAAGAACCGACGGCUUUCCAUUGCGGACGUGAGCGAUGACGAUGGCGAUGGCGAUGACGAUGACGAUGAGAUCGCGUUAAGCGUUAAGCGUUAAGAUAGGAUAAAAGACAGGAAGGGAAAUGACUUUGAGUGCUAUUUUCAUAUGCGCACAUCGUCGCUGCCGCUGAUAACCCAAUAUCCCAGUUUAAUUUGAAAUCAAAAGCCGUAAAUGCCGAGGCGGGGGAAUUUGAAUGCGCGUCGAAAGAGAGAGCCAAUAAGUCCGUUAUGUUAUGCAUAAAUCCGUCGGCGUGGGCGUCAGUCGCGCUCAGUCCGCUGUACAUAGUACUCAGUACUCAGUACUCGGUACACAGUGCCCAGUACUCACUCGUACUUUCAAUUGAAAUUGCCACGCCCUAUAUUUAGGCAGUCCCAUAUAAAAGCGUUGACGCGGCCCAGCCGGCGUUUCUUUUGCCCCAAACAAUGGCGAGGAGUGCGCUCAUCGUUCCCGCUCUCAUUUGGCUGGCGGCCUUGGCCCUGGGCGCCACUUUGCAGGAGACAUUUACGGAAUCGGGGUCACCAGCCAAGAGGAGGGGCCAACUGCGCAGUCAAGCGGUGCCGCCCACUCCGAGGUGGGGCGCCAACAUGCAGAUGCUGCGCCGGCACAACAGUCCCGCCUUCGACUUCUGGACAGAGGAGAGCGAGACGAACAUCUGGGAGCACUGCGGCCUCUUCGAGGGCGACAUCAUGCUGCACCGCGAGCUCCUGAGGAACGGGCUGCUCAACGAGCGACUCACCUGGCCCGAGGCCGCCGUGCCCUUCUACAUAGAUCCGCAGGACUUCACCGCCAACCAGACCAUGGUGAUACUGAAGGCCUUCAAGGAGUACCACGACCGCACCUGCAUCCGCUUCCGGCCGUACGAGCAGGGCGACAAGCACUGGCUGCUCAUCAAGGGCAACUACUCGGGCUGCUGGUCGAGCGUGGGCAGGCGCUCCGGCGGACAGGUGCUCAACCUGAACACGCCCAAGUGCGUCACGCACGGCGUGGUGGUGCACGAGCUGCUCCACGCGCUGGGGUUCUACCACCAGCAGAGCGCCACGGAGCGCGAUGAGUACGUCAAGAUCAAUUGGGAGAACAUCCUCGACGGGCACGGGCACAACUUCAACAAGUACGCCCGCACGCACAUCACCAACUUCGGCGUGGAGUACGACUACCAGAGCGUCAUGCACUACAGCUCCCGGGCGUUCAGCAAGAAUGGCAAGGCCACCAUCGAGCCACUGGAUCCGUACGCCUCGCUGGGCCAGAGACGCGGCCUCUCGGACAAGGAUGUGUCCAAGUUGAACGAGAUGUACGAACAGGACUGCAGCGAGGACUACCUGCUCAACUUCGACCGCUUCGGUAGCUACUUGGACGAGCUGCUCGACUACUUCCAGGGCAACAUUCAGGAUCUGCUCGGGUAG